AACAUUUUAUCUUCUUUGAGAGACAUCUGAAUGUGUUGUUACUCUUUCUUUAAAAAUAAUUUUCCUUAGCAACGUGAGGUAAAGAUGGAGAGGAGAUGGCAAUUUCAGGUGCAUUAUUUGUUCAUCCUCACACACUUGAUCAAUGCCAAGUCUAACAUCAUCCUUCAGAACGGGAAAACUGUCUAUGGUUUGCGCGGCAGCAAUGUGACUCUAUCAUGUAGCAUCCCGAAGGAAAAGGAUAUCUAUGUAACACAAACGCAGUGGACAAAAAUUAAAGAUGGUCGGCCGAGAAAGAUAGCUGUGUACCACCCUACCUAUGGCACACGAUACCAUGAAAUGGCUUACAGCUACUCUGUAAGUUUCAGGAAGGAUGUCCACAAUUGCCUGGGUGGCCACACUGAUAUUACAGCCAGCAACAUAGAAUGUAGUCAAUGGAUUCUGCAGCUGAAGAACGUGAGUCUGGAAAUGUCUGGCUUGUAUGAGUGCAACUUUGCUACAUAUCCAACUGGAACAAGCCGCUCUGAAAUCAAUCUUGUUGUUAAGAACAGUGUGAAACCAGAAAUCUCUAUUGGCCUCCAAGCAAGUUUCACAAGAGAGGCUAAUAUUACUUGUGUGGUAAGGAAGGCAUUUCCUAAGCCUGACCUUCAGUGGUACAUGGGUGGAGAGAUACUGAAGGACAAAUCCAGAGGAAUAUCCAUACAAAAAGAAGAUGCAAAGUUUGAGGGAGGUUUUUAUGAGAGGAGAUCACUGUUGACAAUACGAAGUACAACUUGGCCAUCCAUUUAUCAACCUUUCAAAUGCAUGUCUGUGUAUCCUUUCCCUGGAAAUGACAUUUCAUCUGAAGAAAUAGUUCUCCCUUAUGAGUUUCAGACUACAUCUUUGCCACUCUCAGAAUCUGUUACUCAAGUUACUCAAGUCUCGGAUUCCCCCACACAAAGGCUUCAGACUACAACGAUGGAAGCUUCAAAAUCCAGUAGUCAGGUUACUCCAGUUUUGGAUUCCCUCACAAAAAGUACCGAGCCCGGGCUUUCGACUAAAAACCUGCAAGAUAACACCAUUACUAAGAUCUCCAGUUACUCUGCAGUGCCGCAAAGGAAUCUAUCCACCAGCAGAGAGCCGGAAGUAACCACACUGAUUACACUUGAUCUUUCAUCCACUGGGAAGGACUGGUUUAAUAAUACAGGUGAUCUUAACUCCACCAGAAGAGUGACUGAAGAAACCCCUCUGACUAGCCAUGAUAAUUCAUCCACAAUAAAGGACCAGUUUAAAAGCACAGGUACUGCAACUAGUCCAGGAAAGACUUCCUUCCCCUGGCCUGCAGUUGUAGCCGUUCUGCUUCUCUUAUGCACUUGCUUAUUCAUUUUGGGAGUCAGAAAAUGGUGUCAGUAUCAAAGAGAAAUUCUGAACAGACCGCCGUCUUUCAAGCCACCUCCUCCUCCAGUUAAAUACACCUCUAUUCAAGAAUUAGAGGGAAUGUGCUCAUCAUGCAAUGAAGAGGAAAAUGGGCCUGAAGCCUCCGGGAUAAUACGAGUCUUUAUCGUAUGACCCUCACAGGCAUACAGUGGCAGUGAGCCACAUGGAAAUUUAGACUGCUUAAACCUGCAUGGAUGCGAAAGCUGCAAUAUAGCAUAACUAUGUGGUCAGAAAAUAAUGCAAAUGUUGAGCAGCUUGUGGAGGAACCAUGAAGUGGUUGUGUUGCAGGAAGUCAAGUAUAAAUCAGAGCUAUGUGUACCAUCCAUAUCAUAUCCAUUCUACUUUGUCUGGAUUCAGUGCGUAGUAAAGGCAGCGUCUCUGAAAAGCGCUAACAUCAGAAUUUGAAUGAAAUAAUUGCCUGGUGAUUUCCAGAUCUCCUUAUCUCUAAGCUUGCCUUGUGAUUUUGAGAUGCCAUUAAGAAAAGGGGGAGGGAAACAAAUGAAGGUUGGGCAGAUACAUAUUUAUUCUUCCUUCUUGUUUGUCCCAUGAUUUGGAAAAUGCCAUAAUUAUCUCUGAGGCAUUUGGAAAUCAGAUUUUUAAUAUAGUUUUCGUGCAAUUUUAAAUUACCCUUGUAUUUUGAUUUUCCAAACACUGUCUUGUGUAUGUUUUUAAAGGCACUUUAGGAUAAUAAACGGCUAAAAAAUAAUGCUGUAGUAACCAUGUAGGACCAGAAGGUGGCUCUGUAGGCUUAAUUUUUGCAUAUAAAAUGUUUCCCAUAAUAUGGCCAUAACCCAGAAUAUAAACAGCUGCUAAAUCUGCUAAUAUGCAAUAUGUUUCAAAAUAAGUGAUUUGUGGAUAUAAACAGAGAUAAGGCUGAGUACUUGACAUUUUUCCUUUUUUUUCUUUUUCUUUUUUUAAUGUACGAAUUUAAACCAAAGAUGAACAAUAUCCAUACCAGAAUUUGCCUCUGAUUUUCUGUGAACAGUAGCUAGUAUUUUGUGAACUUCUUAUCUGAAAAGCUCUGAUAGUAGGAUGCAAAUAAAAUAUUUGCCAAAUGGUUUGCAAAUCUCGUGAUUGCU